CACGUGUUUAUAAAUGUGAUUCAAUCCAUUUGUGUGACAACUAAAAGCUUCAUAUGAGAUCAUGACAAUAAAUGAGAAGACAGUGGACUUCUCAUAGGCCUUUUGUUCAAACCGCUUCAGGAUGCAGUGUGUUUGGAUGAAGCUUCGCGGAGCUGAUGCAAACUUCAGUGUGCUGCCUGUUCCCUCUUGUGAUUGGCUGCCGCCUGUUGCCUGUUGGAUAAAAAGCGCAGCAGAGAGGCGGGCAGGGAGAUAAAGAAGGAGCAUCGCAGAGCUCAUUGCACCAGGGGACUCUGGCUUUUCUUUUCUUUUUUUGGAGUAGAAAACAAAAAAAAGUGGAACCACGUCGCCAUGACGGGGAAGGAGGGAGUUGUGCUUUCAGACACUGAGAAUAAACAGAAAUCAUCCUCACAAACCAGCGUGAACCACGGGGGGUCCCAGCAGCCACCUCCAGUCUGGAAGAUGGCCCCCACGGUGCACCGGCGCACCGGCUUCGGGAUCCAGGAGCUGCUCGGCCUCAACAAGGAGCCGCCGGCGGCACCGAGGCGACCGCUGGAGGCUCUGCCGCACAGGGCGCACGUCCUGGCUACCAGGACGGCCCUAGGACACGGGGGUCUCGGGGUCGGUAUGGGUUUGCUGGGACCAGAGGGAAUACACUCGUUUUACAGCCAGCCUGCCUUUCUGGAGGUGCUGUCAGAGGCGCAAAAUGUGCACCUGCAGCCGCUGCACAGAGUGGCGCACAUGGACGCACAGAUGGACGCACAGCACUCCGCCAGCUCCGAUUCUGAUGAUGUGAGUCUUUCCUCCGGUGAUCAAAAGUUCUCAAAAUCCUCCAUGAGUCAGAGCAAGAAAAGAAAGAAAAGACGACACAGAACCAUUUUCACAUCCUAUCAGCUGGAGGAGCUGGAGAAAGCUUUUAAUGAAGCUCACUAUCCAGACGUGUACGCCCGAGAGAUGCUCUCCAUGAAGACGGAGCUGCCAGAGGACAGAAUACAGGUGUGGUUUCAGAACCGCAGGGCCAAGUGGAGGAAGAGGGAGAAGUGUUGGGGUCGCAGCAGUGUGAUGGCAGAGUACGGCCUGUACGGAGCCAUGGUCCGUCACUCCAUCCCACUGCCCGAGUCCAUCCUCAAGUCAGCCAAGGAGGGCGUCACAGAGUCCUACGCUCCGUGGUUACUAGGUAUGCAUAAGAAGUCAGUUGAAACCACACACACCUCUCCAGGACAACCCAACAGCCUGACACCACCACCACCACCACCACCUCCACCACUAAAGGAACAACCAGAGGACAAAGUGAUGGAGGAAGACAACGAGAAACACGUGAAAGACACUAACUCGCCGAUUUCUAAAGAGGAGCUGAGGGAGAACAGUAUCGCUGCCCUGCGAGCGAAGGCGCAGGAGCACAGCGCCAAGAUGCUCGGGACAGUUUCUGACAGAACAGACGGCCACGUAACGCAAAAACAGGAAGCCGAGGACAAGCCGACGGAGAGCGGAGAAGAGUAACUGAAAAAAUGACGCGAGACAGACUGAAAUACCUGCGGGGUGGAGUUUGUAAACAUUUGACAGAAGUCUUGUUUCAUUGGUCCAGCUGAACUUUAUUCUGAUCAAACCUUCAGAGCAAAUAUAUAUAAUACACGAUAAAUCAUUCUCUUCACAUAUGAGGUACUCAACCAAUGAGAUUAUUUCGUCUCUUGCUGCUUUGAAAGGUCCAUUGUGUCAGAUUUAGGGGACUCUAUGACAGAAAUUGAAUAUAAUAUUCAUAAAUAUGUUUUCAUUAGUGUAUAAUCACCUGAAAAUAUGAAUUGUCAUGUUGCUGUACCUUAGAAUGACAGUUUUAUAUCUAUGAAUGCUGUUCAAGUGUCAGUUCCUCAAAUGUCCACUUGAUUCUCCAUAAGCCCCCAUGUUCAAAUGUCCAACUUCACAG